CGUGCGCACACGAAUGCACAUACGGGGAUUUCACCCCCCCUCCAGCCUUGCUUUAGUUUAGAGGGGGGAAAAAAAAAAAAGCCGAAGCGAGGCAGAAGCGGUGCAAGCGGCGUCAUGCCGGCCUAGUCCUCUUAGAAGCCCCGCCCUGUUUCCCGCGCCUGCGCCAUUCGAAGUGGGUCUUUGGGGCCGCUCGCCUAGUGGGCCCGGUGGCGAGAGUGGCUGAAAUAAUGGAAGAAGACGAGGACUCCGUGUGCUCGGCGGAUCCAAAAUGCGCCACUCCGGAAUCGGCGGUCCAGAGCGUAGAAACAAAUACGGAAAACCCUUCAGAAGCUUCCAACAUGUACAGGUACAUUAAAGAGGACUUGUUCACUUCGGAAAUCUACAAGGUGGAACUUCAGAACCUGCCCAGGUACAUCGGCUUUAACGAAGUCAAGAAAUUCCUCGCCAAAUACGGACUUCACCCGCAUAAGAUCAAACUGAUGGGGAAACAGACCUUCGCCUUCGUCACCUUCAAGAGCGAGGAAGAACGGGACAAAGCCAUGAAAGUCCUCCACGGGGUCCGGUGGAAGAACCGGAACCUGAGCGUCCGCUUGGCCAAGCCCAAAGCGGAUCCCAUUUUGAAGAAGAGGAAGAGAGAGGAAGGGGCCGAAGAAGCGUCAGCCAAGCGCCCGGCUUCGUCCAAUGAUGGCGAGGAGGAGCCUCUGAGCAAGCAGAUAGCGGAUGUGGUGACUCCUUUGUGGGCGAUGCCCUACGAAGACCAGCUGGUGACGAAGAAGAAGCAGUGUGAAGAAGUGUUGGGGAAACUGACCAGGGACAUGGGAAACAACAACCGAGCACUACUCCCGUGGCUGUUCCUGCAAAAGGAGAAGCACAAUGGGCUUUGUUGCUCCUUGGACGGAGUGAAGCCAUCCCCAUUACAGACCGGGUACCGCAACAAAUGUGAAUUUUUGAUUGGCUUAGGCCCAAAUCAGGACGAUAAAACGGUCGGCUUCCGGCUGGGCAAAUACAAGGGGGGAUCCUGUGCUGUGGUGGAACCUUUUGAGACCAUCCACGUUCCCACGGAGGCCAAAAAGGUGGCCAGGGCUUUCCAGGAGUACAUACGAUCGACCUCUUACAGCGUUUAUAGCCCAGAAACCUACGAAGGACACUGGAAGCAGCUAACAGUUCGUACUAGCUCGAAUGGCCACGUCAUGGCAAUUGCCUAUUUUAAUCCGCAGAAAUUAAGCAAAGAAGAACUUGCUACGCUGCAAACUUCGAUGGCUACUUACUUCACAGACGGCCCUGGAAAAGACAGCGGAAUAACAUCUUUAUAUUUUGUAGAAGAAGGUCAGAGAAAAUCACCAAAUCGCGAAGAUUUAAUUUUGAACAACAUCGCUGGUGAAAAGUACAUCCAGGAAAAUCUUCUGGGGUUAAAAUUCCGGAUUUCGCCCCAGGCUUUUUUCCAGGUGAACACGGAGGCAGCCGAGGUUCUGUAUUCAACCAUUCAGGAUUGGGCCGACAUCAAUCAGGAAACCACGGUGCUGGAUGUUUGCUGUGGGACUGGAUCAAUUGGCAUAUGUCUUGCACAGAAAGUGAAGAAAGUUAUCGGAGUGGAACUCUGCCAAGAAGCGGUUGAAGAUGCCAAAGCAAACGCUCAACUGAACGGCUUGAUGAAUGUCGAAUUCCACUGUGGGAAAGCUGAAGAGCUUGUUCCUCGCCUGGUGAACAUGUUAGCGCCACACAACACAGUUACAAUUGUGGAUCCCCCACGAGCAGGUUUACAUUCCAAAGUGAUCCUCGCCAUCCGAAAAGCCGAGCACUUGAAAAAGCUCCUUUACGUCUCCUGCAACCCUCGAGCGGCUAUGAACAACUUUGUGGACCUUUGUCGAGCACCUUCUCACCGUGUGAAAGGCGGCGCCUUCCGGGUUAUCAAAGCAACAGCGGUAGAUCUUUUCCCCCACACCAUGCACUGCGAGAUGCUUUUCUUCUUUGAAAGAAUAGAGUAUCCAACAGCGGGCCCAGCAGAGAUUCCAGAUGUUAAAUCUGUGGAGAUUCCAGAUGUUAAAUCGGUGGAUACUCCGGGUGUGGGAUCGGAGGACAUUCUGGAUGUCAACUCGCUGGAGAUUCCAGGUGUGAACUCGCUGGAGAUUCCAGAUGUGAAGUCCCAAGAGGCCGACACCACAGACUCCCUCCCGAAAACAGUGAUGGGAUGUCCCAGUUAGCGAUUGUCCAUCCAGUACCGAAGGGACCUGUUUUACCUCCUGAUCUUAAAAGGGUCUGCUGCUUCCCUACCCCCCCCCCCUCCUUUCCUUUCAUUACCCAGCAAAGCUUCUGCUUAAAGUUUGAAAAAGUACCAAGUUGAAGUAUGUCAACAGUAAGGGGGGACUGCUGGAAGCAAAGGCCUAAAGAUACAAUUUCAGACUGGAUAGGGUUGCUUUUUGUAAAGGCGUGUUUUUGAAAUCAUGGCGCAAACAGGAUGAGAGUCCUGUGUACCAAACAAAUUAAAGCCACUG